CAGUGGGCAGCGUGGUCCUCCCGGUAGGUUAAGGUGAGCCUCAUUGCGGUCUUGGUUUGCAUGUGUCGGAAGAUUCUAAGGUGAUUUGCGUUUGUGGAUAAUUUCAGACGCGGUUUGGUCCCGGGGCGCCCGCAGCGCCGUCUGGCACCUGGUGGGAGCAGAGCAGGGUUUGCGCAAGGCCUGGGGCCGUGGGUAGAGGUCUCAGACGCCACCAGGUGUCCCUCCCCAGCGCCGCAGGGACCUGGCUCGGUGACAAGAAGAAAGCGAUCGGUCCUCCAGGCAAGAAAUCCGGCUCCAGUGCCAGGGUGCGCCGCCCAUGGGCUGCCCCAGGCGGGGUCGCCAACGCCACCCGCGGGGGAGCAGACGCGGCGGGAGCGCCAGGUGCAGGAGGCGCAGGGCGGGCUGGGAGGUGAGGCUGAUCCGCUUGGAGGCUCCUGCGCUGGAGAAGGAAUUGAUGAGCAAGAAGAACAGGGCCUGUCCCCAGCGCGGGCUGGUGGCGGGUGGCCAGACCCGGCGUCCAGGAGCGAGCGAGAGACAGCCCUGCACGGAGGAUUAGCUGGCAUUCUUGCAGCUAUGGUUUGUCCCAGGAAAUGAGCAUUGAAAGUGAGCAGCCUUUCCCACCUGCCGCCUGAUGUCACCCUUACCAACCCUGUGGAGGGAGAGCACAUUGCUCUCAUUUUGCAGGUGAAGGGGUGAAAAGGUCGGAGGCUUGGAGUGAUUGCGCAAUUCCGGUCUUGGGGUGCCUGUCGGGAUUGGAAUUCCACACGGCCUUCCUGGAAAUGUGAGCUGGUUUCUGUCCCUGCGUCCUUUAUCUAUGCAAGGGACCAGUCACUUGUGAGCAUUAAUUGCAGAGUGAGAUCUCCAGGUCAAAUGUCGCUGCAAGGAAUGGAGCCAGCCUUCCGUGGACGGAGACCUCUGAAAUCUUGAGCGUCCAAAUAAACUUUUCCUCCUGGAAUUGUUCUCUUCAGGUCUGAUUUGGUCCCAGCAGCAAAAAAAAAAAAAAAAAAAAAAAAAGCAGACAAAAGACGUGCCCAGGGGCGUCCCGUGGAGGAGCCACAUUCCAGAGGAUGCUCGCUGCCUGAAGGACUCAGGAAACUCCUGCUCCAGCCUCCGCGCUGCAGGCGGGAGGUUGGAGGGGGGGGGUCUGCGAACUUCCUUAUGAUGUCCCAGAAGUGAAGUCAGCCCUGAGAAGGACUUUGCUCUCUUUAUGGCCCCGACGGAGAGAGAAACUUGGCGAGAGGGAGGAGCUUGAGUUCAGGAAGAAAGAAAUACCCAGUUUGGAGCCGAGUCGGCGUCUCAGCUGUGCAAACCCAGGGACCACACAGGGGCGCCCGCCAGGUCGGUGCGUGGACAGGUUUAUAAAAGAUCCCUAAAGGGACUACAAACACAGGAACGUUCUAACACUGUGGGGUAAAGAGUCUGUGCCAUCAUGUCAGCCUACUACAGGAAUAACAGCCUCAACGGUGACACAGAGCAUCAGGACUCUUCAAGAUCUCAGGGCCGUACUCGAAGGCAUUUAAAAACUCAGGAUUAUCCAGACUUCUCAGGUCCUUGGGAUAAUCCAGGCUAUCCCAGCACCAGGAAUAAUCCAUUCUCUACAGGCUCCAGAACAAAUCCAGACUAUCCUAUGUCUCUAGCAGAACCAGAUUAUCCUGGAUCUCCAAGUAAACCAGAUUAUCCUGGUGCCAGGAACAAUCCCUAUUCUGAAGAUUCCAGAACAAGUCCAGACUAUCACGGAUCUCUGCCAGAGCCAGAUUAUAUUGAAUCUCAGAGCCAUCCAUACCAUCCAGGCUCACCCAGAGAACCAGAUUACCCUGGAUCUCAAAGAAAUCCUGAAUUUGCAAGUUCCAGAAGUAGUGGAAACUACCCGGGUUCCAGGAUAAACCCAAGUUAUUUGGGAUCCCUGGAAAAUCCUGACUACCCGGGAGCACAGGACAACUCUAACCAUUCUGGCCCCAGAGCCAAUUCCAACCAUCCAGGCUCAAGAAGGAAUCAAGAACCUGCUGGUUCCAGAAUCAAUUCAUAUAUAGACGACCCAGGAGAGCCUGAUUAUCCAGGUGCUGAGAAUCAAACUAACUUUCCACACAUUUGGGGGGAACCAGACUAUCCCAGUGCUGAGGAUUAUCGGAAUUCUCCAAACAUUUUUGGGGAACCUGAUUACCCAGGAGCCGAGAGUGUUCAUGAUUAUGGCCCUUCUGAGACCCAGGAAAUGACCAGGAGGAGCAAUGCCUCCUUGGGCGUCCUUAGGAGAGAGAGUGAAGAUUACCCUGAAAGUUUUGAAAUGUCGUCCAUGGAGAUGGCAGAUUCACGCGACCCAUCUCUGCCAGGUGCUCCUGGAAAGGGCUAUGUGAACCCUGCGUAUGCGGGCGAAGGUGGCCCUGUCGGUGCUUAUGGAAACCCACCGCUGUCUGAAGGUGAUUGGCACAAGUCACCUGAAGGACAAAAGUUAAUAGCAUCCCUGAUCCCCAUGACGUCCAGGGACAGGAUCAAGGCCAUCAGGAACCAGCCCAGGACCAUGGAAGAGAAGAGAAAGCUGAGGAAACUGGUUGACAAAGAGAAAAGCAAACAGGGUCCCCGGGCCCUGGAGGUGGCCUGCUGCGCCCGGUGUGUGCACACCUUCUCUCUGGUCUACCGGAGAUCCAGGAACAGCGUCUCCGAGCUCCUCAACACCACCAGCCUGUGGCAGAAGACGCUCAAGGUCAUCGGAGGCAAGUUUGGAACCAGCGUCCUCUCCUAUUUCAGCUUUCUGAGGUGGCUUUUGAAGUUCAACAUUUUCUCCUUCAUCGUGAACUUCAGCUUCCUGGUCAUUCCGCAGCUGACGGUGGCCCAGAAGAACACGCUCCAGUUCACGGGGCUGGAGUUUUUUACGGGGGCGGGUUACUUCAGGGACACGGUGAUGUACUACGGCUUCUACACCAAUUCCACCAUCCGGCACGGGGGCAGCAGGCUGGCCUACAACAUGCAGCUGGCAUACCUCUUCACCAUCGGGGCCUGCUUGGUCACCUGCUUCUUCAGCUUGCUCUUCAGCAUGGCCAAGUAUUUCCGGAACAACUUCAUCAACCCCCACAUUUACUCCAGAGGGAUCGCCAAACUUAUCUUCUGCUGGGACUUUACUGUCACGCACGAAAAAGCCGUGAAGCUGAAACAGAAGAGUCUGAGCACCGAGAUAAGGGAGAACCUGUCAGAGAUCCGACUGGAGAACACCAAGGUCACCUUCCACCAGCAGCUCACGCGCCUGUCUGCCCACGUGGCGGCCUGGCUGGUGUCCACCGGCAUGGCCAUCGCCUGCUGUGUCGCCGUCUAUUACCUGGCCGAGUACAACUCCGAGUUCCUGAAGACACACCAGAACCCCGGAGCCGUGCUGUUACUACCCUUCCUUGUGUCCUGCAUCAACCUAGCUGUGCCUCGCUUAUAUUCCAUGCUCAGGCUGGUGGAGAGCUACGAGCUGCCCCGGCACGAGGUCUACAUCCUCCUGAUCCGAAACAUCUUUCUAAAAAUAUCCAUCAUUGGAAUUCUUUGUUACUAUUGGCUCAACAUCGUGGCCCUGUCCGGUGAAGAGUGUUGGGAGACGCUGAUCGGCCAGGAAAUCUACCGGCUCCUCCUGAUGGACUUCGUGUUCUCUUUAGCGGAUUCCUUCCUGGGGGAGUUUCUGAGGAGGAUCAUUGGGAAACGGUUCAUCACAAGCCUUGGCUUACAGGAAUUUGACAUUGCCAGGAACGUUCUAGAGCUGAUCUAUGCACAAACUCUGGUGUGGAUUGGAAUGUUCUUCUGUCCUCUGCUCCCCUUCAUCCAGAUGGUCACCCUUUUCACCAUGUUUUACGUCAAAAACAUCAGCCUCAUAGUGAACUUCCAGCCCCCGAGCAAAGCCUGGCGGGCCUCCCAGAUGAUCACCGUCUUCAUCCUCCUGCUCUUCUUCCCGUCCUUCACGGGGGUGCUGUGCACGCUGGCCAUCACCAUCUGGAGACUGAAACCUUCGGCCGACUGCGGCCCGUUUCGAGGCCUGCCUUCCUUCAUCUACUCUGUCUACCGCUGGAUCGACACCCUGAGCGGGCGGCCCGGCUACCAGUGGGUGGUGUGGAUCUAUCACAACCUCAUCGGCAGCGUGCACUUCUUUUUCAUCCUCACCCUCAUCGUGUUAAUCAUCACCUAUCUUUACUGGCAGAUCACAGAGGGAAGGAAGAUUAUGAUCAGGCUUCUCCAUGAACAGAUCAUUAAUGAGGGCAAAGAUAAGAUGUUCCUGAUAGAGAAGUUGAUCAAGCUGCAGGAUAUGGAGAAGAGAGCCAACCCCAGCGCACUGAUACUGGAAAGGAGGGAGGUGGAGCAGCAAGUGCCUUUGCAUUUGAAGGAACAGGCCGCUACUCCAGGUAAGCAAUGGAACUGUCAGAGAGUAAGACACUAACUUGUCCCAGUUCACGGCACAGCCCAAGGCAGAGGGUCAUAAUUGCUCUGUGGAUCAUGGGAUGCAAACGGGCUGAAGCAAACAUCCAAGAGUAAUUCUUGUUUUCUGUGUGUCCUAAGA